AGAUUUGGGUUUGAGAGAGGAAGAAGAAGGAAGAAGAGAAAGAGAGAGAAUAAGAAGAAGAAAGAAAAAUGAGCAGGGAAAGUAAGGAGGAAAGGAGGAAGAAGAUGAAGUUUGAGAGAAAACCCAGAUCUGGGUUUGCAGAGCUGGGUUCGGGUAAACCCAGCAAGGCUGGGUUAGACGAGACCCAGCAAGGUUCGUUGGAACCCAGGCUGGGUUCGACGAGACCCAGCAGGGUUCGUCGGAACCUAGCCUUGCUGGGUUCGGGGAAACCCAGCCAAGUUGGGUUUGUCGAACCCAGCUCGCUGGGUCUCAUCGGAACCCAGCUCGCUGGGUCUCAUCGGAACCCAGCUCGCUGGGUCUCAUCGGAACCCAGCAAAGGAGACCCAGCCAGGCUGGGUUCAACGAGACCCAGCAGGUUGGAUUCCGACGAGACCCAGCAAGCUGGGUUCCGACGAGAUCCAGCAGGCUGGGUUCGUCGUAGCCAUGGAGACCCAAGGCAGGAAAGAAAGAAAGAGAAAGAAAGAAGGAGAAGAAGAAGGAUUGGGUGGGUGAGGGUAGUUAGGUAAUUUUAUUUGUUUUUAUUUAAACUAUAAAUAUUA